CCAGGAGCUGAAGUAAAGAGCAUAAACAGCUUCUUUUGUGACAGGCAUCGUUGAGAGGCUACUUGCUUAUUCAUCAUACGAAUCGUUUACAGAUCUUGCUGGAGUCGCUGAAGGCAGGUACCUAUAGCUGCGUCAGCCAUUAGCCGACAGCUCCUUUCAUAUGUAUAAGUAAAGUGCAUAUAGUGAAAUAACACGCCUUAUGCAUGUGCGGCCCUUUCAGACGUAUUGAGAAAUUACGGUGCCCAGAAGUAGGUGAAAUAGCACCGGGGUUCGUUGACCUAAGAGGGCUUAAUGCCCGCCAAGGCUAAGUCCGUUUAGUGCAGUCAACAGCACCUCCACAUCAGCGAGGAGGUUGAAUCUGCUGCACUUCGAACUGGCGGUGGUCUGGUUAUGAAACACUAGGAUACCAUACCAGUAACCAGCAGCAGUAGCAGCUUGAGGAGGCUGGUGAUUCUUAUGGAAAGGAUACGGCGUCUCUUUUAUCGAUUGGAGGGAAAUACUGUUACGUUGUGCAACCAAGGUGUCCAUUAAAAGGCUUAAGUUUCUUGUCUUUUCAGCAGUGGUGCGAUUUUGCCGAUCGUUAUACGUUAAAUAGAGUCUCUCUUUACUAAGUGCCGCCUGAUUAAACUAUAUCCAAGAGUUCUUUUGCUCUUAUGGGAAAUAUAUGACUAUUUUUAUCAAUAACAGGGAACUAAUGUUACAUUGUGCUGUACGUGAGGUGACUGUUUAGAAAGCAAAGUUACAGCAGUUGUGUGAUUAUUGCCGCUGAAUUAAACCUUCCUUAGCAACACAAGUGCCGCCUGAUUUUAUUAAAUUCACGAGUCAGUUUUCAUCAACGGGAAAGAUACGACGUCAUUUUAUAUCGACAAGAAGAAACUGUCCUUACAUCGCGCAUGUGAAGUGACGAGAUUAUCGGGCCCCAGCGAACGUCCAUCCUGGGAAUUCCGUUACCGAACGCCGUCGUUUGGAAAGCGUCUUGGCAGAAGGAUUUAGGUGAACGAAACCAUCAGUCGCCUAAGCUAUAUUCCUUGUUGAAGGUGAAGAUCUUUGCUCCAAUGCUGAGGAAUAUCGGUAGCGUAGGCAGAUGGAUUAGUAAAAUUAGUAGCCAGCCAAUCAGAGAGAGUUUGACAAGAACAAUGGCCAGCGCUAUCGAAGGAUCCUCCAGCAGCGGAGGCGAAAAGAAAAAUCGUUUGGCAUCAGAGAAGUCGCCUUAUCUUUUGCAGCAUGCUACAAAUCCUGUUCACUGGUACCCUUGGGGUGAGGAAGCCUUUAGUGAUGCUCGCAAAGAGAACAAGCUCAUUUUCCUCAGUGUGGGUUACUCAACAUGCCACUGGUGUCAUGUGAUGGAGAGGGAGAGCUUUGAGAAUCCAGAUAUUGCAAAAAUCAUGAAUGCCAACUUCAUCAACGUCAAAGUUGAUAGAGAAGAGAGACCGGAUGUGGAUAAAGUAUACAUGACUUUUGUUACGUCGCUGAGUGGUAGUGGAGGUUGGCCUAUGAGUGUUUGGCUGACUCCUGAUCUCAAACCUGUGUAUGGCGGGACGUAUUUUCCUCCUAACAACCGGUAUUACGGUCAGCCUGGUUUCGCCCAACUUCUUAAGUCAUUAGCUACUCAGUGGCAAGAGGAACAAGACAAGUUUAAGGAGUCUGGUAAAUUCAUCAUGGAAGUUUUGGACCGCACAGCUCGUUUAUCUGCACCGGAUACCUCGGAUAUUCCAAACGAGGGAGCUGUUUCUAAAUGUUAUGCUCAGCUUGCGCAAUCAUUUGAACCACGUUACGGAGGAUUUAGUGGAGCACCAAAGUUCCCGCAGCCAUCAAAUUUCAAUUUCCUCUUCACUAAUUAUGCUCUUCAUCCGUCAACUGAUGAUGCUAAGCGUGGCCUAGAGAUGUCAUUAUACACAUUAUGCAAGAUGGACCAAGGAGGUAUACACGAUCAUGUUUCACAGGGCUUUGCAAGGUAUUCAACUGAUGAAAUGUGGCACGUUCCACAUUUUGAAAAAAUGUUGUAUGAUCAAGCCCAGCUGACGAUAUCCUUUCUUGAUGCCUACAUCAUUACCGGAGAGCCUCGAUUUGCCGAAGUUGUGCGAGAUAUAUUGACCUAUGUGACCAGGGACCUCAGUCAUCCGAGUGGUGGAUUCUACAGUGCUGAGGAUGCAGACUCGCUUCCAACUUCAGAAUCACGGGAGAAGAAAGAGGGAGCCUUCUGUGUUUGGACACAUGAGGAGAUAAACAAAAUACUUUCGAUGCCUGUAAAAGAGGACAGUGAAACGACCCUUGCUGAUGUAUUUUGCCAUCAUUACUGUGUUGUAGAUGGCGGGAAUGUAGAUCCAUAUAAAGAUCCUCACGAUGAAUUGAAGAACCAAAAUGUCUUAAUGGAACACGGAAGCCUUGAAGAAACUGCGCAGGAAUUUAACUUAACCCAGGAAGAAUGUGACAUAGCGCUGGCAAAGAGCCGUAAGAUACUUUAUGAAGAACGUCAGAAGAGACCGAAGCCUCACCUGGAUGAUAAAAUGGUUACAGCCUGGAAUGGUAUGAUGUUAGGUGCAAUGGCAAAAGCAGGAGCUAUCCUAGGGGAUGAGCAGUACCUCCAGAGGGCAUUGGAGGCUGCAGAAUUUGUCAAGACACAUUUGUACAAGGACGGUAAACUGCUUCGUGCUGCAUACGCUGCUCCAGAGGGUAGUGUAUCUCUUGGUUCCUGCAUCUCUGGGUUUGUCGACGAUUAUGCAUGGAUAGUUCGAAGCUUCCUCUACCUUUACGAAGCUACAUUAGAUACUACCUGGCUGGAGUUAGCUGAGGAGCUGCAAGAUAAACAGAAUGAACUCUUCUGGGAUCCAGAAGGAACAGGAUAUUACAUGACUGAACAAGGAGAUGAUUCCAUACUUCUUCGAAUCAAGGAAGACCAAGAUGGUGCUGAGCCUUCUGCAAAUUCUGUAUCUGCUGUUAAUCUGGUCCGUUUAAGUCCACUGUUGGAGAGAACAGAUUAUCGUGAGAAAGCAGAAGCCAUAUUUCGUCUGUUUUCUGGCCGGCUGAAUAAGAUUCCAGUUGCUCUUCCAGAAAUGACAACAGCUUUAUCACUUCAUCUAAAUCCAACAGUGCAGAUUAUUCUUGCUGGCAAAAAUGGCACAGAGUCAUUGAAGAGUAUGCUGAAGACCUUGCAUGGACUUCAGAUCCCCAACAGAGUCUUGUUGUUAGCGGACGAUAACACAGGAUCAUUCCUGUAUGCCCGUCACAAAUCGCUCAACAAUUACCAUCCAAAGUCCAACGAGACUUUAGCCUACGUUUGCCAUGAUUUUAAAUGUUCACUGCCUGUGAAUAAGCCAGAUCUUCUAAAGGAGACAUUGAAGACUCACCUGACAGCAUCUUUAAGGGAGAAGAAGAUAUGAUUCUUCAUCCUAACCCUGCUACUUCCUGUAAAUGAUUUCCUUCAGUAUAUAGAAGUUUUCAUUGAAUAAAGUUACCGAAUAGUACAGUUAUUCCAGUAAAUGAGGCAUUGCAUUUGUACUUGAUUUUAGUGUUAUGUUACAGAGUCAGGUGAAUGUACGUAGGGAAAUCAUUUCUGUAUGUGUUCAGAAUGUACUAAAAGUUUAGUAAAUUAAGGUUUUAUGAAAGUAUUAUUUAUACAAAAUGUUUAUGUUUUGAAUAGAUGUCUAUAUUAAUUUCGAUUUUGCGCCAGUUUUAUACAUGUAGAUUUCUUUUAUAUUUGGCUAAUUUUAAGAAGAAAUUUUAAAUGUGGUUUGGUGUAUUGUUUAGUGCUUAUGGGAAAGUCGUAAAUAUGGAGGUAGAUUAGUAAAUAGUGUGUAGGACAUGCAGCAUGCAAGUAAGAGUAGAAAAUUAGGAAAAGCAGCUGGAGCUGAGAACAUGUUUGGUCAUUCUACAGUAAAUUCUGAUGUAGUUUUGGAAGUAAAGUUUUUUUGUACAGUACAUACCUAUAUAUUUCCUAUACCUGGAAUUGCUCUCAGCAUACAGCAUAUUAGAUCAUCUGGAAAAAGAACUAGAUUCAUCUUGUUAGACAUCUUCUUAAUAAGAACUCUCUCUAGCAUGAAAUUUAACUGGAGAUAUAUGUAGACUCAAAUAUCAGUACAUACACUAAAUAGAAAUGUUAUUUUAUGAACCUAGUAUGAAAAUAAUGUUAUAUUGUUUGUAAAUCUUCAAGAAGAAAGAAAGAAAUAAGUGUUAUGUUUUCUAAUGUCAGAUUUAUUAAUAUUUUAUUUUUUAAAAGCAAGUUUUGUAGUUGAGUUGCAGUUGAUAUUGAUUGCUGACAUGGUACAUUCAGUUGUUAAAUUAUUCCACGAAUAGUGUUAGGUUAUGCAGUUAAAAAUGAAUUUCAUAUUUUAAGUAAUCAGUUAAACUGUGUAUCAUUAUUAUUAUUAAUAGGUGUUAGUUUUUCCAGACCUCUGAGUCUGGAAAAACUAACACCUGUUAAUAAUAAUAAUGAUACACAGUUUAACUUUGGAAAAGGAUGUUUCCUUUAUUAGGUAAGGGUCUUGGGUUGAGAGACUAACCAAAGGCAGGUAUGAGAAUAUGGCAAACUUUCAUCAAAAUUUGCUUAAUACAAACACUUCUUAUUGUUUAAAAUGUGAAUAUUUUUAGUCUCAAAAUGUAUUUACUAAUUGCAAAAACUAAUACUCAGAAAGUCUGUUGUUUUAUCCUUUUGCAGAUCGCCUUGUUUAUGGUUUCUUUCCAAUUUAAUGUUCUAGAAAAAGUAUUGGAAUUAAUCUUGUCUGUCAGUUGGAGAUAUAUCCAGUGACUUUUGGAUUAGAAUAUUCUUAUGUUCAGUAGUUCAGGCUUUGGUUAUAAUAGGCCUUUUAUUUUUAUAACAUGAUUUUAAUAAUAUGAGGUCUGUGAACCUUUAAUCCUUUCAGUCAGAGCUGAAUACCUAAUAUUAUUUUGAAGUAUUGGUAGUAAUUUGGCAUGAGGAGACCUUUUAGACAUAACUGUUAAUUCAACUUGACUGUUAAUUUAACUUACAUGCUGUAGCACAGAAAAUGUUGCAUGGAUUUUAUUUUGCAUGUGUUUUAGAAGGAUAUACAAUUAUUUAUUUUUUAAAUUAUGAGGCCUUUGCUAUUUCCAGAGGUAUCAGCUGUGUAACAAUGCAACAUGGGAUUUGUGCUUCUUGAGUUCAAUUAAUCAGUUUUGGUGACCCACAGCCUUGUUUUCAUGUCAGUUAAACUGCACUUCGAAAUAACUCGGGAUAUACUUGUCUUGCAGAUUAUCAGAUGGAAAAUAGCGUAAUUGCCUAAGGCGUUUUAUGGAAUUAAAUUGCCCGACUGCCUUACAAAUAGUCUAGUAAUGAUACAUAAGCCAUUCAUGUUUAAAAGAAAUUGCAAAGCCAGAAUUAUGGUAUGCCUUAGCUGUGCAUUUCUAUCAAGCAGUGUCUGUAUCUCGGUGUUUCCAUACUCUCUUCCAUGUAAAUUGUUCCUUUAUCAGCUGUAUGGUGUACUUGUACUACAGUGAUUACAUAACACAUUGUACCUCAGAGGGGUCCACUGUAUUUAAAACCAUAGCUGUAAGCUAGCCAGGUAUUACCAUUGAGCAUGUAUUGACAUCAGUAUAAUUUAUAAAGGAAAAACUGAUGUAAUUAAGUAUUUCACCUAAAAUAUUCUUUAAUUUCACGGUUAGUACAUGAAGAGGGUUAUUUCCUCAUUAGUAUUUUUACAGAAUGCAAAAAACUUAUGCAAAAGUAAAGUUUCAUAACUGGUGAGAUGCUUCAGCACUUUCUAGAUUCAGUUACAAUAUCUUUUUUAUUACUGCAGAUGUGUUUUUAUGCAAUACUACAAUACAGUACAUUUACGUAUCAGUAAGCCAUUGUCUACCUAAUUACAGUAACAUACAAUUGUUCAUUUGACUUCCUGUAUUAAAAAUUUUGUUUAUAGGAUUCUCAAAGUGUUCGAUGUAACCGUUUGUAGAUACAGUGUAUAUAUAUUUUUACAAUAACUUUUUUUUCAAUUGGAUAUGAAUGUAGCCCAAGAUAAGUUAACUUUCAUUUUAAGACUCAUUAUGAUACAUGUAGAUUAGUCUUCUAGAUGUGGGCUUGUAGCACUAUCUAUAUCAUGUUUGAGGUAAAUUGCAUGUCAAUGUAAGAUUUACAUAUGAUGACUAGUGCAUGUAAACAACUCCACAAAGGAACCGGUCUUUAGUAGAAAGUAGGUAUGAGUAGAAGGUUGUGAAGCUUACUUGCUUUGGCCUCCUAGCAUCAAAUGUAGUUCAGAAAUCAAGCUGAUCUUUUUGACGCAUGUGGAAGAAGAACGCAGUUAUAUGAUGUCUAGGUUAAAAAUGAAAUAAUCUUAAAAUAUGCAAGUAAAAUUGUCAGGGAUUAAACUAAAUCUGAUGUGUAGUAUAAGCAGUUUGUCAGCUUGAAAAAUGCUACUGUGUACUGUACUUAUCCCUCCUUAUCAGCAGUUGUAGUUUCCGUAUAUUGCCUUGGAUUAAUAAGGCCACAUAUGGAAUGUGACAUGUUUUGCAACUGACAUAUUAAAAAGCAUGUUGCCGAAUCCCUUAUUCUACAAGCCAAUGCUAUUAUCACUACAGAUUCUCGUUUCUCACGCCUCUGUAAGCCUUAAAACUUGUUAGUGAUUUUCAAGCUCUGAUUAGAUAUGAAAGCAUUUAUAUUUAUCACCCGAUUUUCCCAGAGCUUUGCUGUGAUAUUGAGAUGUGCUGGAGGUUGCAGAAUGCCGUAUUACCUUUUAGUACAUGGCCAUACAUCCAAGGGAUAAUUUCUCUUGUUGAGAUUCCCAUCAGAUUGUAUGCCAUCAAGUGUAUAUAUCUAUACUGUAGUUAAACUAUGUAAAAAAUCUUUUUGAAUUUUGAGGUAAGAGGUUUAAAAAUAGAUGGAUUUUGAAAAUUUUGCUCUUAAGAAGAGGAAAGUACAGUUUAAUCAACUCGAUGAAGGCAUUUGAUGUCUUAAAUUCAGUAGCAUACAAUAUCUGUAUACUGAUUUUAUUCAUAUGUAGUAUUAUUUUUGUCAGAAUGUGAUCACAAGUCAGUUUGUGUGAUGGCUGGACUUUUUUUUUUUUUUAGAGAAGCAAUUUGGACAGAUUCAAAUUACCAUAUAUACUAUAAUAUGUAUAUUUAACACCUUUAUAAUUUAUGUUAAAGUGAGCUGGUAAAAUAUAGGGUAAAAGUGGGAAUUUUUUUGUUAACCAACACAUGACUUUUAAUCCUGCAGCGGAAGUAGGAUGUAGGUUCUUAUGCCUUAUAGCUCAACAGUGCGUUAAUUUGCUGUGAAUCAUAACAGAUGUAGCCUAUAGUCCGUUGUCAGCAAAAAGUUGCAUUUUUAUUAUUUAAUCAAAAUAACUAAUUAUACUGUAAUUUUGGACGAUUUGAGCACGUGAAAAAUUUCAAUAGACCGGCAGAUCUGUAAUUUUAAGACAGGGAAAAAACCUGAAAAAAAUUGUAAUGCCUGUUGUGCUUCAGUAUCAUGAACUUCCAUUCAUUAUUUGGACCAUUUAGUGAAAUUAUUUGUUCAGUGGUAGUUACAAAUUUGCUUAAAUUUAAAAUUUAUCAGCUGUGGAUUUCUGUAGAUGAUGAAGGCUGAAGAUUACGAAAAAAUUUUUAUGAGGUUAGCUUAUCAGUCAUUAAAUAAAAAUUGCCCAAACCAGCUGACACCUGUACAAGUUCAUUCAACAUUUAAACACUUGUGAUCUAUCGUGGGAUGUUUAACAUCGUCGAGGGUUUCGUAUAGUAAUGUUUGUGGUGUAAAAGUAAUUACUAAUUCCUUUUGAUUUAGUGACAACUUUCUAAAAAAAAAUUGCUGUGAACUCAAAAAAAAAAAAAAAAAAAAAAAAAAAAAAAAAGACCUUUGUGUCUCAUAGGUUAGAACUCAACCUUUUGUGUCUUAUUUUAAGUGGAAAAUUUGCUUUGAGCCUCUUUUCAGGCUCAAAGGAAAGAUAUUUAGUCUUUGAAUAGGUUCAGUUAUCAUCUGUUUCCCCAAGGGCUAUUGCCACUAAAGGAUGUCAACUCUAUAAGAGUUAUUGGGACAUUGUGAAUGUCAUGAAAUUCAGGUAAUUAAGUCGUACUCCUAAUAAGGAUUUAUUUUUUUAAUCGAUGAUUGAAAACUUCACUGCCCCGGGGAUGGAUGAAAUGCAGGAGAAAAAUUUAUCUCAACAUUUUACACCUGUGAGGUUACUGAAUAAAACUGUUACAGUCAUUUAAA